CAUUCCCUGAGCAGGCACGCUGAACUGGAUAACGUCUCCUUCAACCCGCAGCACAGACUCAUUUCUCUACACACCAGCUCUGAGUGGAUGCUCAGCAGGGGUGUUUGAGAUAUUAGCGCGCUGUGGGGGAAACGGCUCAGGGACUUCAACCAUCCACACAAAAGAAGAGCCGGCAGUCAGGAGGAAUAUGGGCAAAUCCGAAAGCCAAAUGGAUAUCAUGGAGAAAUCAAGUAAACCUGGAAAGCGUCGUUGGACUGUUGCAGAAAUCGGUCUGUCCGUGCUGCUGCUGUUGGUCUGCUGUGCCUUGGCGGGGCUGGUAGUCCUCUAUACAACGGUUGUGAAAGAACAAUCCAACAGGCCGAGUGUGUCAAGGAGCUCAACAGGAGGAGGCCAGCUGUUUCGCUCCAACCCCAACAAUGUGUGCACAACUGCGGACUGUGUUACUGCAGCGGCUCGGCUCUUGCAGAACAUGGACACAUCUGUGAAGCCAUGCGAUAAUUUCUACCAGUACGCCUGCGGGGGCUGGCUGGAGCGCCAUGUCAUCCCGGAGACCAGCUCUCGCCACAGCGUCUUUGACAUUCUGAGGGACAAGCUGGAGAUUGUCCUGAAAGGUGUUCUCGAGAUGGAGAACGAACAGGACAGGGAUGCCAUCAGAAAGGCCAAAGUUCUUUACAGCUCCUGCAUGAAUGACAGCCUCAUAGAGCAUCGUGACUCCCAACCCCUCCUGAAGCUCAUUGAGAGUAUUGGAGACUGGCCUGUGGCGUCAGAUGACUGGAACACCACUACAGAGGAAGCAUGGAGCCUUGAGGACACACUGGCCACGCUUACUGCUCGUUUCCACAAGAAGGUUCUGCUGGACAUGUACGUGUGGACAGAUGACCGGGACUCGAGGCGUCAUAUUAUUUAUAUUGACCAGCCAGGACUUGGGAUGCCAUCAAGAGACUAUUACUUCAAUGAUGGAAACUACAAAAAGGUGCGAGAGGCCUAUCUACAUUUCAUGGUUUCCAUCGCAAAGAUAACCCGAGAGGACAGGAACUUGACUCAGGAUGACGACCAUGUGUGGGAGGAAAUGAUGCAAGUGCUGGAGCUGGAGACAGACAUUGCCAAUGCCACAUCGCCAGCAGAGGAGCGCCAAGAUGUCACUGUUCUCUACAACAAGAUGACACUUGGUGAACUACAGAGCACAUUCAGCUUUAAUGGUUUCAACUGGACACGAUUUAUUCAAGGAGUUCUGUCGAGCGUGUCCAUUGAGGUCCAGCUAGAGGAAGAGGUGGUGGUGUACAGCUCUCCCUACCUUGAAAAGAUGAAUGACGUUCUCUCCAGACACAGUGUCAGAACAAUGCAGAACUACCUCACCUGGCAGCUCAUCAUUGACAGAGUUAAUAGCUUGAGCCGUCGCUUCAAAGAUGCCAGAGCCCGUUACAGGAAGACUCUCUAUGGGACCACUGUGGAGGAUGCUUGGUGGCGGGAAUGUGUCCGUUACGUCCAGAGCAGCAUGGAGAACGCAGUUGGAGCUCUUUAUGUGCGUGAGACCUUUGCUGGAGAAAGUAAGCGAAUGGUCAGUGACCUUAUCAGUAAGAUCCAGAAAGCCUAUGUGGAAACACUGGAGGAGUUAAGCUGGAUGGAUGCUCCCUCGAAAGAGAAAGCGAGAGAGAAGGCCAUGGCAAUCAAGGAGCAUAUUGGUUAUCCAGAUCAUAUUCUACAGAAAAGCAACCAGAAACUUGACCAGGAAUAUGCUCACCUAAACUUUAGUGAAGAACACUACUUUGAGAACAUCCUGGAGAACCUCAAGUCUGAAGCACACAAGAGUCUGAAGAAGCUCAGAGAACCAGUUGACCCAGACUUGUGGAUCAUUGGUGCUGCUGUGGUGAAUGCAUUCUACUCACCCAACAGAAACCAGAUAGUGUUUCCUGCAGGAAUCCUGCAACCACCUUUCUUCAGUAAACAUCAGCAUCAGGCCCUUAACUUUGGAGGAAUAGGAAUGGUUAUUGGGCAUGAGAUCACACAUGGAUUUGAUGACAAUGGUCGUAAUUUUGACAAGGAUGGUAAUAUGCUAAACUGGUGGAGUAAUUACUCUGCUGAGCAUUUUAAAGAGCAGUCGCAGUGCAUGGUGCAACAAUAUGGCAACUUCAACUGGAAACUAGCAGGUGGACAAAACGUCAGUGGAAUAAGCACUUUGGGGGAGAACAUCGCAGACAACGGAGGGGUUCGUCAAGCGUAUAAGGCUUAUCUGAAGUGGGUGGAGAUGAAGGGUGAAGAGCCGUAUCUACCUGGUCUAGACAUGGAUCACAAGCAACUGUUCUUUCUUAACUUUGCCCAAGUGUGGUGUGGUGCUUAUCGGCCUGAGUAUGCCAGCCAGUCCAUCAAGACUGACUCACACAGUCCCUUAGAAUACAGAGUGCUCGGAUCUCUCCAAAAUUUUGAAGCAUUCUCAGAAGCUUUCCAAUGCCAAAAAGGCAGUCCAAUGAACCCUGAGCUGAAAUGUCGUGUCUGGUAGAAAGUUUUACUCAUGAGAUAAUUAUUUCUUGACAUGGGCAUCUCAAAUCAAAAGAACAAGUUUUACUUUUUGAACUCAGAGACAUUCUGCUUAAGACUUGUUCCGGUUUAUUUGGGGAACAGAUAUUUGGAUAUACUGUAGAUGUUUAUAAAAUGGAUGAUGUCCUGGACUACACCCUAGUUUCAAAAUGUGAAGUAUAUUGUAUACUGUAUAAAAAAAGAAACUUGCUUGAGUAUUUUCUCAAGUUUGAAGUGUUGUCUCUGGAUGAGUAGGUCACUUGUUCUCAUUUUGCUGUGUCCCACAACAGAUGAUGAGUGGGUACAUGAAUGAAGAGGCUCUGUAUAAAAAUUAAGACCUUGUCAAAAGGUUUAAGCUUAUGGCUGACUUUAAAUGCUUUACCAACCUUUCUUGAAUUGAUCCUAAAAAUCCUCUUGUUCAGAUCUUUGUGAUUUAUCCAUUACCAUUUGACACUGAGUUGCCUUGGUGUCUUUCCUCUGAUGUGUUGGUUUCAAGAUAUUGUGCCACUUAAUAGUGAACCAAUCUAACUCUGACUGAAGCAUGAGUAUGAAAUAAAUGAAAAUUGAGGCUUUGUUGAAGUAAAGCUACAACAGAAUUAGUCACACUGAGAGUUUGGUUAUUCACUGUUACAUGAAACAAAUUACCUAAAGACUUUAAGACUGUUAAAUCUUUGCAGCUUUAACCUUAAAUUAAUGUUCUGAGAGCACUGCGGCUUUCAGCAUUUUUACACAUACACAAUGGAUAUUUAAAAUUCAGAAAGCUAUUUAGUACUUUUUGCAGUUUUAUAUUUCUUUAUCACACCCUACAAUUGAUUCUUGCUCGAUACUGCAGAAAUGUAUAUGUAAGUCAUGAUAGUUUGCUGUAAGAAACCAUAUUUGAUGUUUUCAUGAAUACUGGUGGCCUCCUGCUUUUUAGCUAGUGUGAAAAACUCUUGUUGGAGGUUGAGAAAUGUAAUAUUGAUGAAAAGUCCACUGUAUUGCAUUACUGGUUACAGCCAUGUCAGACUUGUGUGUUUGGAGCUCACUCCCCCCUUUUUUCCUGCUUCCACACAUUUCACCUCAUGAUUGUUACAGGCUCUUCACUGUUUGUGUAUUCUGGGCUGAUCUAUCACUAUUAAAACUAACAUGUGCCAUUUGUUAGAUGGCCCAUACCCACAAUUACUCAAAAUUAUACUAUCUACUUGUAUGAUAUGUGUAUGUUUACAUUUAACCCAAAAAAGGCAGAAGAUUUGUCAAAGAAUAGUCUUUCCAUUCACUUCACAAUCUCCCGAGAGGAGACUUGAACACAGUGAUUACUAGAGACUAGAAGACUUUUAGCCUCGGGGGCAGAGCCAAUUACAUGCUAAGGGGAAGAGAUACACUCACACAGGCAGAGAGCAGAUGAAGUGGUUUGCCUUCUGAUCUCACAUUGAUCAGUGCCGUCUAAGAUGAAAGGAUGAAGCGCAGUCUGCUGAGGCAUGGUGACCGCUGUAGCCGAACCACGAGCCUGCAGGCAAACACUGAAGAAUGGAGCUUGUCAUUAAAGAGAUGGCCAGGGCCAGGACUGUUAUUUUCUACCUUUAUUAACAAGUAAUGACAGGAGAAUCGAAGCUGAGCAGAACUCAUGAGAUAUGACAGAGGUACUAGCAGCAAGAAGUCACCGUUUUUGUGCUGAAUAGAGCUUUCAAACGCAGAAAAAACAUAAACAGCACCGCCGUUUUUGAAUGUUUGCUUGUCGUUGGUCACAUUCAGGAUGCCUUGGUAAACUGAACAUGACUGUUAGGUCUCAAUAGAGGCUGGUGAAUUGAAUGUGCAUGUUGAAGCUUUAUAUUCUCAGUCUGUCUCUCAAACUUCACAUUAUUGGCAAAUGUUGUGUUUUAUAGAGGGAGGGGACACAAUCGAAGACUGUUUUACUCAGAAUGUAAGUGGUGAUAGUGCACUGCCACAUUAAAGCAAAAGUUCAUAAUUUUGUGAAAUAGGCCUUCUAGCUAUCUGAUGGAGAGUCAGAAGAGAAAAUUCCUACUACUGCCAUAGUUAUCCCUUGAAUGUGAAGCUAUUGCCAACACGCAGUUAUCUUAGACUGAGAACAAGGGAAGACAGCUAAUCUGGUUCUGUCCAACAUUAACAAAAUCUGCCGACAAAUACCUGUAAAGCUCAUUAAUUAAAAGAAAUGAUCUUGUUUGUUUAGUUUGUACGAAAAUCUAAGUGUAAAAAUGACAAUUCACAUGUUGAUAUGCCAGACUAUUUCUUUGUUAAAAAGGUUUUUUUUUUUUUUUUUUUUUUUAAAUAGUAAUUUGCCAAUUUUACAAUUUUUUUGUAUUAAACAAACAACAGGUAACAUGUUAAUCAGUAAGGUUUAGAGUUGCUGAAAGGCGGAUUUUUUUUUUUUUACCUUCGGAAAGAACCAGGCUAGCUGUUACCCCGUUUUCAGUCUUUUUGCUAAGCCAAGUUAACCAGCUGCUGACUGUAGCCUUAAAUUCAACGGACGAAACAUGAGGGUAGUAUUAAUCUUUCCAUCUCACUCUCUGCCUGAGGCGUAUUUUCCAAAAUGUCGAACUAUUCCUUUAAACGACAAAGCACAUUCAUCAUGUCUUGCACAAAGAAAUGCUGGAGGCGACAUCAUAAGCUACAAUGCGAUAUCCAGCUGCCAUUUGAAGAGCAACAGCUUAGAGCUUGUAUAGUUUGUCUGAUUUUCCUCAAAAUUAGUAAAACAGCUCAAAACUGUUAAUUGAACUGUUAAUGUACAAAAGGUACGUAAUAUAAAAGGCGUUACUGUAGAUGCUUGGUGUUCUAUACGGCAGUAUUUAGAUAGUAAUGAUUCAAUUCAGGUGAGAAAGAAAGCGUACAUUUCUUAUUUAAUUACAUGGUGAAAUUGUGUCGUUUUAAAAUAAGCCAAGUACAACUAGAUUUUUGCUAUAUAUGAAAAUGUUUUCAUCUACAGUGUAUACCCAUCAGAUGAGUUUAUUUAUCUACAUGAAUAUUUAUGAAAUAAGAUUGUUGCUUUGCAAGGAUUCAGAUAUUAAAGAUGUUUUAUGAUUGUUCCUGCUGCUAUGUAAUUAUCUAGACUAACUGCUAUUUUUGUGACUCAGAUCUGUAAUUAUUGCCAUUAAAGUGACUGUCUCAAUGGUAAUGACA